UGUGGCUUCAGAGACUGGCGGAAGCAGCCGUCGGACCUAACAGGAUGGGGGUGAAACUGGAGGUUUUUCGGAUGAUGUUGUACCUCACCUUCCCGGUGGCCAUGUUCUGGGUGUCCAACCAGGCUGAAUAUUUUGAGGAAUAUGUCAUCCGGCGCAAGCAGGAAAUCUUCCCUCCGGAGCGAGAAGACCAGCGGCGAGAGCUGGAAGAGUUCAAGGAGCGAAUGCGGAAGCAGCGUGAGGAGAGACUCCUCCGGACUGCCCAGCGGUGACCUGGGCUGUAUCUGAAAAUCGGUGUACCCCGUCUCUCCCCCAAAGCCUGGCUGCUGCACAGCAGGGCUACAGGUUUGGGGCUCCUGCCGUCUCCAUCUUCUGCUGAGGCACUCUGGAGGCCACAUGUCCCCUGCUCAGUCCCUGGCUCCCCUACCGACCUGCAGACGUUUAUGGCCUCGAGAUCUCCCCUGCCCUGGACUGACUGGUCAGAUGCAUUACCCAAACAUAUCAACCCCGUGCAGUUUCCCCACUUUGGUCCCCCUUUCAGGGCUCUACCUAGGAGCCAUUCAGGGAUCAGUGUCUGAGUCCAAAGAGAGGAGAGAGAAAACCUUGUAUUUUUCUAUCCCGAUUCUUUAAGCCAAUGACAAUAACAACUCAGUCUGACCUCUGCUCA